AUGCUAACAUCACUCUCUUGGGUAUGUUGGGUGUUUCCCAAUUUAGAUAUAGCACACCAGUUAGGUUCAGGGUUAAAUGGUCUUGGACUUGGAGCUGUUGGAUUUGAUUGGUCCAGUAUAUGUUCUUAUCUUGGUACCCCUUUGGCUAGUCCAUGGUUUGCUACUGCUAACAUUGCUGCUGGUUUUGCCAUUUUCAUGUAUCUCAUUGUUCCUACUGCUUAUACCCUUAAUCUUUACCAUGCAAGAAGAUUUCCCAUCUUUUCAGAUGGCUUGUUCAGCUCUGAUGGUCAAAAAUAUAACAUCUCGGCUAUUACUGACUCUAACUUCCACCUUGAUUUGGAAGCUUAUCAACGCCAGGGCCCUCUUUAUCUUAGCACCAUGUUUGCUAUGUCAUAUGGUAUUGGUUUUGCUUGCCUUUCUGCAACUCUUGUUCAUGUAUUGCUUUUCCAUGGAAGCGAUAUAUUGCAGCUGAGUAAGUCUGCGUUUCAAGGGAAGAAGAUAGAUAUACACACGAAGAUCAUGAGAAAAAAUUAUAAACAAGUUCCUGAAUGGUGGUUUUUAUGCAUUCUUUUGUUCAGCAUUACGGCAGCUACAUUUGUGUGUGAGUAUUACAACGAUCAACUCCAGCUACCAUGGUGGGGUGUGAUGUUAGCAUGUGCUGUUGCUAUAUCGUUUACUCUUCCUGUUGGAAUAAUCAGAGCUACGACAAAUCAGGCACCUGCUUUGAAUGUGAUAACAGAGUACAUAAUUGGAUACAUCUACCCUGGUUAUCCUAUUGCAGUCAUGUUGUUUAAAGUGUAUGGGAACAUGAGUAUGAAACAGGCCAUUUUCUUUUUGCAAGAUUUUAAGCUUGGCCAUUACAUGAAGAUUCCUCCUAGAGCAAUGUUCUUGGCACAGGUACUGGGCACAAUAAUAGCUGCAAUUGUGCAUCUAUUAACAGCAUGGUGGCUAAUAGAAACAAUUCCAAAUAUAUGCCAUAGGGAAUUGCUUCCACCAGGAAGCCCAUGGACUUGCCCAGGUGAUCAUGUAUUCUAUGAUGCAUCUGUCAUAUGGGGUUUGAUAGGGCCUCGCAGAAUGUUUGGAAAUCUAGGACACUACUCAGCCAUCAACUGGUUUUUCUUGGCUGGUGCUAUUGCUCCUUUAGUUGUUUGGCUAGCACACAUAGCCUUCCCUGAUAAACCAUGGAUUAAACUUAUUACUAUGCCUGUACUGUUAGGAGCAUUAUCCGAAAUGCCUCCAGCUAAACCAAGUUACUGA